GACCCCUCCACUCCCCGACCCCGUUCCCCAACACGCGCAGCCCAAACUCGACCGGGUCCCGCUCUUGCAAAGUACAGAACUCGUCCCAGUGGCAUAGAAGAUGAACUCAGCUGAAUUCAGUGAUGAUGAAGAAGAAGUUAUAAAAAAUAACCCCGUGAAAGUGGAGACAGAAGCUGGGGAUGCCGUGCUGGAUUGUUCCGUGACGCCCAGGCCUGCCGAGAAGCCCCCGUCGGAUGGCUCGCUUACCUCCCUUCAGGACUCCAGCAAGCGGAAGCAGACUGGAAGCGACGGCCUCGGAGGCCAGCAGGACAUUUUACCUAGUGUGAAAAAGAGACGGCUGAUCCCUGAGGCACUUCUGGCCGGCAUGAAGAACAGAGAUACCAACUCACCCAACCAGGGGAAUGGAGAGCAGGCCAAUAAAAGCAAGAGCUCGGGCAUUGGGUGGCUGUGUGAGGAGGAACCCUUGAAUGAUGUAACCACCCCCUCCUAUAAAAAGCCUCUGUACGGUAUCUCACACAAGAUCACCGAGAAGAAGAACCCCACCGGGGGAGACCAGUUUACCAACUAUGAACUCUAUGAGAGAGUCACUUCCAGCAAUAGCCCAUCACCCCUCCGGCUCCUGAAUGAGCAGAGAAAACGGGACUCUAGCAACACUGCUCCGGUGGCCGUGCUUACCGGGGCCGACAACGACCCCAACAUCUACUCCUUGAUCCAGAAGAUGUUCUAUACUCUCAACACGCUUAAUUCCAACAUGUCCCAGUUGCACAGCAAAGUAGACCUGCUCUCCCUGGAAGUCAGUCGGAUCAAGAAGCAGGUAAGCCCUACGGAGUCUGUGGCCGAGUUCCAGCCUCCACCGGAGUACCAACUCACGACAGCCGAGCUCAAGCAGAUCGUGGACCAGAGCUCGUCGGGGGGUGACCUGGCCUGCCGCCUGCUGGUGCAGCUCUUCCCAGAGCUGUUCAGUGACAACGAGUUCAAUCGGAGCUGUACCACCUGUGGCUUCGUGAACAAGAAGAAACUUGAGUCUCUCCAUCUCCAGCUAAUCCGAAACUACGUGGAAGUCUGCUAUCCCUCCGUGAAGAACACGGCUGUGUGGCAAGUGGAGUGCCUGCCUCAGGUCAAUGACUUCUUCAACCGUUUCUGGGCCCAGCGUGAGAUGGAGAGCGGUCAGCCAAGCGGCCAGACGUCUGGCUUUUAUGAGACGGAACAGGUGGAAACCCCCCACUUCCUAGAUGACAAAGAGCAAGAAGAGGCUUUGUCCCUGGACCGCAGCAGUACCAUUGCCUCUGACUACGUCCUUGAUGCUCAGGACCUCAAUGAGUUCUUAGAUGAGGCCUCGUCCCCCGGUGAGUUCUCCGUCUUCCUCCUACACCGGCUGUUCCCUGAGCUCUUUGACCACCGUAAGCUGGCAGAAAGAUACAGCUGCUACGGGGAUGGUGGCAAGCAGGAGUUAGACCCCCAGCGCCUGCAGAUUAUCCGCCGCUACACGGAAAUCUAUUUCCCUGACGUUCAGGAGGAAGAGGCGUGGCAGCAGCAGUGCGCCCAGAGAAUCAACGAUGAGCUGGAAGGCCUCUGCCUCGAUGGCAGCGAGUGUGAGCAGUUGAGGGACGAUUGUUAUGACUCCUCCAGCCUUCCCGACGACGUGUCCAUCAUCAAAGUGGAAGAUAGCUUUGAGUACGAGAGGCCUGGCCGAAGGUCCAAGAAAAUCUGGCUGGUUCCCAUUGACUUUGACAAACUGGACAUCCCCCCUCCCGACUUUGAAGUGCCAAUGUCUGACUAUCUGCUCAACAAGGAACAAAUCCGGAGCAUCUACGAAAGCAGCCUGUCCAUAGGGAACUUUGCCUCUCGGCUCCUGGUUCACCUGUUCCCCGAGCUGUUCACCCAUGAGAAUCUGAGGAAACAGUAUAAUUGCAGUGGUUCCCUAGGGAAGAAACAACUCGAUCCAUCCCGGAUCAAGCUCAUCCGGCACUAUGUGCAGCUCUUGUACCCCAGGGCCAAGAAUGACCGGGUGUGGACGCUGGAGUUUGUUGGCAAGUUGGAUGAGAGGUGCCGUCGGAGAGACACAGAGCAGAGGCGUACCUACCAGCAGCAGAGAAAAGUGCUCGUGCCCGGCCUCGAGAGGAGGGACUUCAUGAACUAUGCAAUCAACCCCGAGAGGUUCCGAGAAGAAUUUGAAGGCCCCCCGCUGCCUCCAGAAAGGAGCAGCAAGGACUUUUGUAAGAUCCCCUUAGACGAAUUGGUUGUCCCUUCCCCAGACUUCCCUGUGCCUUCUCUCUAUCUGCUGUCUGACAAGGAGGUCCGGGAGAUCGUGCAGCAGAGCCUCUCCGUGGGCAAUUUUGCUGCCCGUCUCCUGGUCAGACUUUUCCCAGAACUCUUUACCCCAGAGAACCUCAGACUGCAAUAUAACCACUCUGGUGCUUGUAACAAGAAGCAACUCGACCCAACCCGACUACGACUGAUCCGCCAUUAUGUCGAAGCUGUUUACCCUGUGGAGAAGAUGGAGGAAGUGUGGCAUUACGAAUGUAUCCCCAGCAUCGACGAGAGGUGCCGGAGACCCAAUAGAAAAAAGUGUGACAUCUUGAAAAAAGCCAAGAAAGUGAAGAAGUGAUGGGAAACUGUUCAACCUCUGAACCUUGGGGUCACUGAGUUCUUAGUGAAGGGCAUACUUGGAGACUCAGAUGGUUAUUUUUUAGCAUUGGUAUGGCAUCCACAGGGGUGCCCACUUGCAACAGUGGGAAGUGGCUUACUACAUUUGCACACGUAGAGACCUACUAAA